UUUCGCGAAACCGCCACAAUAUAUAAACGCUUUCAUCGGACGCACCCGCGUUGCCAAGGUUAUGCGCUUGGCCCUAAAUUAACUUCCGGCCUGUGUUUGUUUAUUAUUGGGUUUGUGUUUACUGGCUAAUAUGGCACCGAUUACAAACGGAGGGAAAGUUAAACUGAUGAGCAGACUGACGUUGGGCUCAGGUUGUUGUGCUGUGGGGUGCAACUUGGAACAAAUGCCAUUUCGAAAAUUUGUAAAAAUACAUUAUUUAACUUUGUAACCCCACUAGGGAAUUGUGAAACGAAUUGCUUGAAUCCCUGCGAUUAUUAUAGCUGGUGCUUGCCCAUUGUUACUUCGUAUUUUUGAGAAAUAACUGCACAUCGUUACCUAUCGAAAUGUAAGUCCUGUAAAAAUACACAUAAUAAACUGUAUAAAUAAAUAAACCAACUUCAUACAUACACAUUUAGUAAUACUAAUACCGGCUUAUUUACUAUAUCAACUUUAGCAACACGCUCGUAAUUAUCUCAUCGUGACCCAUUAAAGCCAAUGGCGCAGACGUUGCUUCAUACUUUCAAACUGCUUUCCCAACGGCUAUUUUGCGUCCUGCGACUUGAGUUACAACAGUGAAUAUGUACUGAUUCCUAGACGUGCUGAUAGGGACCACACUUUCUCAUAUUAACCUCAAAUACACAAGAUAGGACACUUGUACAGUAUGCUAGCAAAUUUAUGUUAAGUUCCAUUCAUUUAUAUAGGGUUGUGGAUACACGUCCCCUUAGCAACCAAAAGCUAGCGCUGGACCACCUCUGACUUAUUUGCCAGCACAGAAAAAAAAUCCUGAAAGUGUUGAAAAAAUAACCACGGGAGGAUAACAAGGACAUUUUUUCCUACUUAACUAGGUACAGGUUGUUACCGAUAUUUCACCUAUUUCAUGUAUAGUUGCAAAUCAGUUUACGUUUUCCUGUCUGUCGAACGAAGGUGGUCGAAUAGGUGCUCUCACUGUAGCACUAACCUUGUUUCAGCUAAGCCAGAGUUGAUGUCUGAAGUGGGAAUAAUCCUGGCAGAUGUUGGUGACCUGGCUUCCCUGGCUACCAUGUGCAAACAAGGAGUGGUUGUCCUGAACUGUGUAGGACCAUACAGGUUUUAUGGUGAACCUGUGGUAAAAGCAUGCAUUGAAAAUGGAACCCAUUACAUGGACAUAUGUGGAGAGCCACAGUUUCUAGAGGGGAUGCAGCUGAAAUAUCAGAGCCAGGCUGCGGAGAAUGGCGUGUACGUGAUUGGGAGCUGUGGAUUUGACUCCAUUCCUGCUGAUAUGGGAAUUCAGUUUACCAGAGACCAUUUUAAAGGAACACUUACAGCUGUUGAGAGUUUCCUGACCAUAAGCACUGGACCUGAGGUAGGUAAUACUAAUCAGUUAUAGUGGUUAAUAUCUAUAAUGAGGCUCUGAGAUAAUUCUGGGCCCCUGUGUUUCAUUCCGCUUUAUUCCACAUUAAAUAUCUUCGCUGCUCGUCUUUUGUGGGUAACAGAGGGUCAGAGCAAAUGAAAAGGCAACGGUAAAACCUGUAACUUAUUGGGUUAUUGCGCUGUUGGCUGGUAAAUAGAUUUUUUCACAAAUAGUGCAUGUAACCCCAAUGGGUUUACUCCCUUUGUGUGGUUUGUUUGUUUGGGUGAACACAUUUCAUUCACACCAAUGAACAUCUGCACCCUGGUCCACCUGAAAUGGCAGGUCUCAGUCCUCUUCCACGUCAACUGCAGUUUGGUUCAUUACUAAAACAUAAUCUGACCUAACUGGGAAAGAACUAAAAAUAUGAUAUGUAUACGCUCUCUGGACACUUUAUUACGUACACCCAUCAAGAUACAAGAACUGGAGUCAGCUUCCGUUUACCGGUUCCAUGGAUUCCUAUGGGAGCUGCUCAGUGGCGCAUGAAGCCAAUUCAUGGACACAGCCAAGUUUGACUAUGGGCUUUUGGCACCAGAGCGUGUGCACUGGGUACCUAAACAUAAAGGAUCAUGGUAAACGCAAAGAAAUGACAGUAAUCCGCGGGUGCGUGCUCCGAAAA